CUUGAUCAUUAAAAGGCCUCUUCCUUUACACACACCUUCAUUGCAAGGCCAGACGGCACCAGAACCAAAGCCCACCACUAUCCCCUCCGGCACUCCCGUGAUCCCGAGGGAAAUUUCCAGGACCAUUAUCAAAACCCACCAUGAUCAACUGAAAAAUUCCUCCCUUAGCUAAAAGCUCAAAAUCCAACACCCUUUGCUUCGCCUUUUUCUGCAUCUAGAAAUUUCCGCUGUUCAAGAAAUUUCUAGCUGUCUGCAUCUGAAUCUAAAUGAGACGACCUUCUCAGUGACUAGGUUAACUGAUGAGAUUCUAGCCUAUAUUUAGCUUAAUACCUGCAUUGCUUUCCCAUAAUAUAUCGCUAUCGUAUCAGGCGCCCUAGGCUUUUGCGUUUGCUCAAAUACACGAGAAGUUCCACCAAUAGUCAUCAUCAUAUCAUCCAACCUUGCUUCGCUUCACCUACUUUUUUUGUUUUUUUGUUUUUUUCUUUCUAGUUUCAGGUGAAGAAGAAGAAGAAAAAUAUGGUGAGGGAGAAAAUUCAGAUUAAGAAAAUCGACAACGCCACGGCGAGGCAGGUGACGUUCUCGAAGCGACGCAGAGGACUCUUCAAGAAAGCUGAGGAGCUCGCAGUUCUUUGCGAUGCAGAUGUUGCUCUUCUGAUCUUCUCCUCUACCGGCAAGCUCUUUCACUACUCCAAUUCAAGCCUGAAGGAAAUACUAGAAAGGCAUCAUUUGCACUCAAAAAACCUCUCGAAGCUGGACCAACCCUCACUUGAGCUGCAGCUGGUUCAGGACAGCAACUACUCGAGUUUGAGCAAGGAAAUUACCAAUAAGAGCCGUCAACUAAGGCGGAUGAGAGGAGAGGAUCUUCAAGGUUUGAAUAUUGAAGAAUUACAGCAGCUUGAGACGUCUCUCGAAGCUGGGUUGAGCCGUGUAAUUGAAACGAAGGCCCAGAUGAUGAUGGAUGAGAUCAAUGAUCUCCAGAGAAAGGGAUUGCAAUUAAUGGAAGAGAACGAGCGUUUAAGACGUCAAGCGACAGAAAUGCCGAGUGAGGAAAGUGGUGCGGAAGAAGGUCAGUCAUCGGAGUCUGUCGGUAACAUUUGCUGCUACACUGGGCAUCCUCGAGACUAUGAUGUUGCCAACUCAGACACGUCCCUUAGAUUGGGGCUACCAUAUUCUGGCUGAAGGAAAUUUCCAGGGUUGGAACUUCUGUGUAGAGAAACGAAUCCAUGGUUUAAAUUUAAAUGCAACGACCCAGAGCUAGGUAUCUGUUGGGGUAUGCAUAUACAUCAUCUAGAAAAGAGGAGAAAGUAGUUCCAUUCCCUGGUUGUGCUAUCCUAAGAUUUUCUCUGCUAACCCUGCAAUAUGAUGAGUCAAAGGUAUGGAUUUGAUGAAAUGUCUGGUAUUAGGACCAUCUUUUGUAACUAGUUAUAAAUUAAACUAGAUUAAUUGAUGUACAAUGGUUAAGCAAAAGAGUACGUGGAAUUAGCCCCAGGAGGCUGGGAUUAA